AUGAACAAGGCCGCUCUCGCGUGCUCGAUAGAGUCAUUUGCCUUCUUCGAGGUGGGUGUCGCGUGCUCAUUCCUGCUGGCCAGGCUCGUGGACUCCUCUCGCAGCUCGGCGGAGGAGUGGAUCUACUCCGAGAAGUCGAGUUUCUCCGCAGAGAGAACCCUGAGCUUCAUCAAUGUCACAGACCCCGACGACUUUGACACCCUGUCCGACAAGCAGGCGAGCAAGGAACAAAUAUCUCAGGUGGUACUGAUCAGAAGGGUAGACCCGUCCCUCUUAGACUCCGUGACCAGCGAGUUGAGCGGGAUGUACAACGCGACCAUCGUCCCGAAAUACAUCACGGACCGGGACGUGGAGGGCGAUCUCUACGUCGUGGAGUACGUACUUCCGAGGAAUGAACUCGUCCUCGGUUUGGUGAUAAAUUCCGAGGAGUCCAGGGCGGACGCGAUAGACACGGCGGUGCAGUCGGGGGAGGCCACCUUCCUGGACAACGUCGUCCUGGCAGACACGGGAGAGCCAGGGAGGGUGGGUUUCUACCCCAUAAUCUCCAGCUGGCCAUCGCCCUCUAACAAUAGAACGCUCGCCAUGGCAAUAAGAUGCAACGCCUUGUUCGAACGCUUCGUGGCGGAGUUGGAGUCGACGUUCCCCGGCAUAACAUGCAGAUAG